AUGCCUCGGCAGAACGGUAAGAUCGAAAGGCUUUGGCCUUCUUUAGAGAGAAACUUACGAGGUAGAGAAGAUGUCGAAGAAAUUCAACCAAAAUUAAACAAAUUCCGCGAAAACUACAACACAGUGCCUCACAAAACAUUACCCCGCAAGGGAUUUCGACCAAUGACGCCGAGAGAGUGCUUCAACGAAAUUCCACAUUGGAAAGAAGGAGACAAUCCAAUGUGGAAGGUUCAGCUUGAUGGCAAGGUACAGACCAAAGAGAUUCCAAACCAUUAA